AUGGAGUUUAUAAAGAGCUUUAUGCACUGAUGCGGUGAAAAGCAGAGAAGUAGAAAUAUCCACCACACUUAUGAAAAUGGACUGAAGCAAAAGCUAAGAUCUGCUGUUGAUGGUGUAUCCAGUAUUAAUAGCGAAUAACACAAUCAUUGAAGGUCAAUCAAAAUAUGAGCCAAAUGCUAUCAAAAAUAAUUUGGAGGAGAUAUACAAGCUUAUCGAUAAAAGUGAUAUUAUUGAUAGAGAAGAGACUAAAGAGAGCUAUACAAAGCAAACCUCCCUUAUUCCUUCACAUAGGGAUACUAUUUCAUAUAGUAGGAAUAGCUCUACGCUUGCUCCUCAGGAACCUAUUGAACGUAUGUCUUUUCAGCCACUUAUGCAAGGCAAAAAUAAUCUUACUAUGAGGAGUCUUUUUAGUACAAACUUACUAGAUAGAUAUCCAGAGGUAUUCAAUCAGGAGAACCUGAAUUCAAAGUUUUCAGACGUCUAUGAUAUCCCAAAUUUUCUCAAAAAUGAAUAUGAGCAAGGAAUCAAAAUCAAUAAAGAAUAUAUCCUAGAUCUUGUAGAGAAGCUGCAAGACACUGAUGAGGAUGAACAAUGGGAAAUAUUCGAGAAGGAUCAAGACAAUUGCACCUGUUGGCUAUCAAAAAGCGGCUCUCAUCUUACUAGCAAGCUUCCUCUACUCCAUUGAGAACUAAAUUUCCCGAAGAAAAUAGAAAUUGAAAAAGUUCUUAAAUCUGUUAUGGAUGUAGAUUCCAGGUUGCAAUGGGAUACUGAAAUCACCAAAAUGUACUCUAACCAAAUAUUCCAGGACUCUAGUAUAGUAUACACAAAGUAUAAGAAUUAUAAGCUAUUGGGUGAAAUGGAUUCCGUUGAUAAGCAACUAUUCUUUGAAGCUGAAUCUGAGUCUGGUGCUCCAAUAUCUGUAUUAUACUCAAGUUUUCUACCAAAUAAAAUAAUCCCAAAAGUGCGAGGUCAUAAUAGACUUAAAAUAAUCUUCUCAGUGACAAUAUUUGAGAAGUUAGAAGAUGGAUCUACUUGAAUGCAAAAUUAUUGCCAAUUUGAUGCUGGGCCAAGGCUCAGACUUCAAUAUUGAAGCCCAAUGAUUCUUGAAUUUUUAAUGAAGAAACCUAGGAACUGGGGGAAUAGGUUAAAGAAGUUCUGAUCCAAAGAGUCUUCCAAGAGACGAGUGUUUAAAAAGAAGAAAACGAAAAUACCUAAUUUUUUAUAACUAU